AUGGUGUCGCUGAAGCUACAGAAGCGGCUCGCUGCUAGGUCCUCAAGUGCGGCAAGGGCAAAGUCUGGCUUAAAUGAAGUCGACGAACUUUCCAGAGCCAAUUACCGUGAAAUACCCAGGACCAAAAUCCAGUGCGAGCUCAUAAAAAUGGACUCUUCAACUGACUUGAACAAUGGAACCGAGUUAUUGAGUUUGGAGGAUAAUGGCAGCAAUGCAAUCAUGUUGCCAGGCAAGAAAAAGAGUAAAAAGAACAAAAAUAAGCAGGUGUCCGAAAAGCUUAGGAUAAAUAAGGAGCCUAAGUUAAGCAAAUCCCAGAAAAGAAAGUUAAAGAAGUUUGAGGAGGAGAAGGAAAAUGAGAUACUUUUGUCAGAAAGCAUCAAGGAAUUGGAGAAGUACAAGAUUCGAGAUGAUGUGUAUUCUCUUAUGUGGUCUUCACGGAACUUGGGUCAGGUUGAAACUGUCCGUGAAAAACGUAGGAGGCAAGUGCAGUUUUGUAAAGCCGGUUUAGAAUUAGAUGAUUAUCGACCUUUCAAGAAGCGGACUAGUGAUAAUGCGUCUGGUGGUGUUGAAUUGCAUCCGGACGAUAACAAAUCACAAGUAAACAAUGAUAGCAAUUCUCCACUACCAUCUUUACCAGAAAGAGAGCUCCAGAAUCACAUAUCCGUCCGACUACAAUCUUCUCAAGAAAUAGUUUGUAGGAAUGAACCUGCUACUCUUGGGGAAGAUGCUGCUUUGACUGUUGAGGAAGUAAAUAGUGGAACCAGUAAAUCAUUAAUACCAGAACAGCCAGAAAAUUCACAGCGCGCAUUUCCUCCCAUUGAAGAACUGGCAGAGUCAUUGGCUACAGUGGAUGGAAGUCCAAAUGUAAAUCUCAGCAAUAUAAUGAACCAGGGGAUCUGUACUCUACUGAGAACUACUACUGCCCCAACUGUAGUGCACGUAUCAAGACCAAAGGAGGUCGAGAGCAGCAGAAGAAAUCUUCCAAUAGUAAUGAUGGAACAGGAAAUAAUGGAAGCUAUUAAUGAGAAUAAUAGUGUUAUUAUAUGUGGUGAGACUGGUUGUGGUAAGACCACCCAGGUCCCCCAGGCUUCUCUCAUGAGCUUCAUCCAAUAUUAUGAUGGAGUAGUGUUUCAACCAAAAAUAUUUCAUAAUCCUCCACCAGUAAUAGAAGUCCCGACUAGACAGUAUCCAGUUACUAUGCACUUCUCCAAGAGGACAGAGAUCAUAGAUUACAUUGGCCAAGCCUAUAAGAAAGUAUUAUCAAUUCACAAGAGAUUGCCGCCUGGGGGAAUUCUUGUUUUUGUGACUGGGCAGAGGGAGGUAGAGUACCUGUGUAAGAAACUAAGAAAAGCUUCUCAGGAAAUAGUUCAAAAUGCAUCGGAAGGAAAUGAAGAAUCGUCUUCAGUUUCCGAAGAAAAACCUCUGGAAGAAAAUGAUAUUAAGGACAUUAGUGAGGCGUUUGAACUUCAAGGGAACACUGAUCAUGACAUUAUGGAUCGUUUUGGCUCUCAUACUGAGAAUCAAGGAAAUCUAUCUGAAGUAGAGUCUGAUGUGUCUUAUGAUUCAGGGGAUGACAGCGAUCUUGAAUUCUACAGUGAUGAGGGUGAUGUGUUGAAACCAAUGUCUCUGGAGUCUGAUAGCAACCUUGCAGAUGUUUUGGGAGAUGAAGGAAGCCUUGCUUCAUUGAAGGCAUCUUUUGAAGCAUUGGCAUGGAAGAAAACAUCUGACCCUGUUUCUGAGGUUCCUGUCAAUCCUGAAGGAACCUCAAAGCAAACCGGUUCCAUCUUGGGACAGCGAAACAGGGAAGGAAAGUGUCUUUGUGCUGGUCCAAUGCGGAUCCUGCCUCUUUAUGCCAUGCUUCCUGCAUCAGCGCAGCUUUGUGUUUUUGAAGAGGUCAAGGAAGGAGAGCGCCUAGUUGUUGUUGCCACUAAUGUGGCUGAAACCUCUUUGACUAUCCCUGGGAUAAAGUACGUUGUUGACACUGGAAGAGAAAAGGUCAAGAAUUACAACUCCUCUAAUGGAAUGGAAACAUAUGAGAUACAGUGGAUAAGCAAGGCUUCUGCUGCUCAACGUGCUGGAAGAGCUGGAAGAACUGGGCCUGGACAUUGUUAUCGCCUCUAUUCCUCUGCAGUCUUCAAUGACAUAUUUCUUGAAUUCUCAUGUGCUGAAAUAUUGAAAGUACCAGUUGAUGGUGUUGUUCUUCUCAUGAAAUCCAUGUGUAUUGGCAAGGUUAAGCAUUUCCCAUUUCCAACCCCUCCGGAGGACAGUGCAUUUGAUGAAGCAGAGCUUUGUCUGAAGGCUCUUGAGGCGCUCGAUAAUGAAGGUAGGUUGACACCACUAGGGAAGGCAAUGGCACGCUAUCCAAUGAGUCCUCGCCACUCCAGAAUGCUUCUUACGGUUAUUCAAAUCAUGCAUGAAGUGAAAGAUUAUGCCCGAGCAAAUCUCGUACUGGGCUAUGCUGUUGCAGCAGCUGCAGCUUUGAGCUUGUCAAAUCCUUUCAUUAUGCUGUUUGAAGCAAGCCACGAUGAUACAGAUGAUUUGAAGCAAGAUUAUAGUGAGAAAAUUCCAGACAAGGAAGAAAAGUUGAGGAAAAAGAAACUUAAAGAAACUGCUAAAUUAUCUCGUGCUAAAUUUUGUAACCCCACAAGUGAUGCUUUAACCAUAGCUUAUGUGCUGCAGUGCUUUGAACUCUCUGAAAACCCAGUAGAAUUCUGUAGUGACAAUGGAUUGCACUACAAGACAAUGGAAGAAAUGUCCAAGCUGAGAAAGCAGCUUCUUCAACUAGUGUUUAGCUCCGAUUGUAGUGAUUUCCAACGAGAAUUCUCUUGGACUCAUGGGAUUAUGCAGGAUGUAGAAAGUGCUUGGAGGGUUUCUUUCAAUAAACACCCUCUUCUACUGAAUGAGGAGGACAUUUUGGGGCGGGCUAUCUGUGCUGGCUGGGCCGAUAGGGUUGCUAAACGCAUUAAAGGAGUUUCAGUGCUGUCUGAGGGAGAUAGAAAAGUUAAUGCAGCGAGAUAUCAAGCUUGCAUGGUCAAAGAAACAGUAUUCCUCCAUCGUUGCUCGUCUGUUUCUAAAUCUCCACCUGAAUUUCUAGUCUAUAGUGAAUUAUUAUCUACAAAAAGGCCAUAUAUUCAUGGAGCAACAAGUGUGAAAUCAAAUUGGCUGGUUAAAUACGCUCGAUCAUCAUGUAUCUUUUCUGCCCCCCUUUCAGAUCCGAAACCAUAUUAUGACCGUGUAGCUGACCAAGUUUUCUCGUGGGUUGCUCCAACUUUUCGCCCUCAUCUAUGGCCACUCCCUCUUCAUGGUUUGCCCAUCAAAGAAGAUGCAAUUCGGGUGGCUGUGUUUGCUUUUUCAUUACUUGAAGGACAGGUUUUGCCAUGCCUAAAAGCUGUCCGAAAGUUCAUGGCAGCCUCACCAGCUAGCAUUUUGAAGCCGGAAGCAUCAGGUCUCAAACGAGUUGGUAAUCUGUUAAAUAAAUUAAGUACAAGGGGAAGAAUUGUUGACAGUUGUGCCAUGCUAAAGAAGUUGUGGAAUGAUGAUCCUACAGAAUUGUUUUCAGAAAUUCGGGAUUGGUUUCAAGAAGGGUUUUGUAACCAAUUUGAAGAACUUUGGACACAAAUGCUUCGUGAAGUUCAGUUAGGUCCUAAAAAACGUUUCUCUAAAAGGGUCAAGGGAGAAAAAAGGAGGAUUUGA